AUGGCCGACUACUUGCAGGACGCCUCUUUCGGAAUGUCAUCUGUUUUAAACAGGACAAACGAAGAAAAGAAGAGAAGAGGCUGUUUACCGCCCGCUUUUAUAGAAAACCAUUAUAACCAGUCAGUAUCUGAUCGUUCGUCGUCGCGUACGCAUGUUCGGUGUCCCGCUGUCUUUAUUUAUCACGAAAAACAAUAUCUGUUAACCUUGGCUCUAUUUCGGAGUUCAGACGACGCUUUGCCUCAUAUAAUACAAACACAACACAAGGACAAAACAAUGUCGACGGCAGUGCAGACGCAAGUGCUGAACGGGCGCAUGAACGGACACACACAUUCCCUUAACGGAGACGCACAUGCUCACAAUGGCACUAAUGGCGACACGAGCUCUUGGGCAGAACAGUUCCUGCCUAUGCCGUUAAAAAUCGAUGACAAAAUAAGAGCACAGAAGAUAGAAGCACGUCUUCGCGAUGUAGUACUAGAUGGCAAUGUUCUACGUCAAGUGGUGAAGGUGUUUGAAGAUGAGCUGGAGCAUGGACUUCGCAUGGAGCCUUCCAGUCUUCAAAUGGAGAAUACAUACGUUCCAGAGCUACCUGAUGGAACAGAAGAGGGUGUUUUCCUGGCUUUGGACUUGGGCGGCACCAACUUCAGAGUUUUAUUACUGGAGCUCCGCGCUGGACAACUUGUCAGAGAGCAAGUAGAGCAGUACCACAUCAAUAACGAGUUGCGUGUCGGCACCGGUGUGGCGUUGUUUAACUUUCUGGCUGACUGCGUUCAAGAUUUCGUGAUGAAACUGGGCAUGGAGAACGAGGAAUUCUCCCUAGGGUUCACCUUCUCCUUCCCAAUGAAACAGCAUUCCAUAUUGUCUGGAGAACUAAUCACUUGGACCAAGAGCUUCAAAUGCGGAGGUCUGGAGGGCGUGGAUGUAGCUGCUUUGUUGCAGCAAUGCCUCAGAGACAGGGGUCUGAACAUUACUGUCAGGGUUCUGCUUAAUGAUACAACCGGGACCUUAGUAGCAGGAGCGCACAUCGACCCUCAAGUUGCUAUCGGCGUGAUACUCGGUACUGGUUCCAAUGGCUGUUACAUGGAGCGCGCGUCCCGCGUGAAGCAUUGGGAAGCAGCACAUGACCGCAUCAAGGACGUGUGUGUCGAUAUAGAAUGGGGAGCUUUUGGAGACAACGGAUGCUUAGACUUCAUCAGAACUGAGUUUGACAAUGAAGUUGAUGCGAGGUCGCUGCUUGCUACGUCUUUUACUUUCGAGAAGUAUAUCAGCGGAAAAUACCUUGGUGAUGUGCUGUCAGUUACUUUGGGUGGAUUGGCCAAGGAUAACUUGUUCCCGGCAGCACCUAUUCCUGGCUCCCUGGAGACACAAGAUCUAAGCUUAUUUGAAAAAGAGAACUGUGAAGGCGAAGUAAAGCGUACCCUGGAGGUGUUACGUGAAAAGUGUGGGUGUCCCACCAUCUCGCACACUGACGCUCUUGUGGCGCAACACGUGGCACAUGUCGUCUCCAACCGCUCAGCUCAACUUGUCUCCGUCUGUAUAUCAACGUUACUGCGCCGAAUUGAUCGACCCCAUGUCGUGGUGGCAGUUGAUGGGUCCGUUUUCAAACACCACCCUCGCAUCGCCAGCCUUAUGGACAAGUACAUAUCUCUGCUUGCACCAAAGAAAUCGUUUACACUGAUGGGAGCUGAAGACGGCAGUGGUAAGGGUUCAGCGCUAACGGCAGCCAUCGCCGCUCGCAUCGCAAAACGUGAUUCUUCGUAA